AUGACUCAAUCUUCUCAAGAUGUCUCUUCUCCGAUGGAGAAAUCAUUCCGAUUCCUGGAACUUCCUCCGGAGCUCCGUAAUAUGGUUUAUGCCUGCGUUGUCGACAACCUGGGGGUCGACAAGGCUGACAAGGUACCGGAUCAAGACGUGGGCUGCCUCAUCACUACCUCUAGGCAAGUCCAUUAUGAGUUCCGGUCAAUCUACUGGAGCGCGGCAGCAGCAAAGGUUCCGCUCGAGCACCUGCCUGCUUUCGUGGAGACAUUUGCUUCUGCCUCGCACGCUAUCAAGGAACAGAUGCCCAAUGUGAAAUGGGAACUGAAGCCUGCCAUCGGACAGGACUUGUCUGACUGUUGCAGUAUAGAUGCUUGCGAAGAGCUUGCCAAAAUCGUUGACCUCGGUUUCAUAAACCUCGAUGGCUUACUAUCUCUGCGAUAUCGCUGUUCGACAUUCCCAAUCGGGGGAUGGUGGGAAGGAGAGUGGACUUGGCAGGUGAUUGUUCGAGGGCGAGGAAGUCAAGAUUUCGAACCGAUGAGGCACGGUAUCGUUGAGUUUUUCCACAAACUGUAUCUGGAAGACCCUGCAAGACAAAAGACAAAAGUCUUGAUGAUUAACGACAAUGGUAUUGUCACUGCAGCGUAUAAAGUCUUCUGGUCAGGGCAAAUAGGAGCCAUUGCUGUGAUCCAGACUGGACUCCCAUUGAAUAGGCGGCUAAAACUCGACUAG